AUGUCCACUACAACCACCACCACCACAAUAACAAGCUCGCUCUCCGUCCUCGCGGACUACGAAGUCCACCACAGCGGUACCCAGCAAAGCACUCAACAAACUCCACCGGCUGCUCUGUCUCAGCCAGUCGACUGGCCGUCGGACCAUCGUCGCGUUCCUGAAUACCGACCUGCACAGCCGAAUUUGAGUUAUGUCGACCGUCCUGCAGGGAAUGGACAUCCGGCGGAGUAUGCUUUCAUUCAGAUUAUGUUGCAUGGUUGUUGGUUGAAUGCAUCUGUCUCUCGCCUUUGGCGCUUUACGGGGGGUCGAAUCAAUGAUAAGAUAUUCCACUAUGAAGUGGGUGGGGAGUGGUAA